AUGUCUAUUGAAACGGAUGAACUAAAAAAGUACCGCCAGUUUUGGUGGAAAACUGGUAAUAUACAUCCGAAGGCCAAGCGGGAAAAAGCCAUUCAGGAGAAUCUAAGGGAUGAUAAAACAG